GAUUUUUGACAUUACCAUCAGAUAAUAUGAGUAAUCAAUUAUGGGAAUGCUUCAAAAAUACGUAUAAUGCAAACAAAAAAGGACAAGAUGGAUGUACUCGAAUUCUAUCAAUAAUUGCAAAAGAGUUUACCUAUACUAAGUUGGAAAAAAAACUUGGUAUUUCUUCAAAGACCAUAUCUAGUACUCGAUUAUAUGCUACUACUAAUAGUCCUGGUUGCCCUGCACUAUGCAAGCCAACAAUUACUAGAAUUGUACACUCCAUAAAAUGCUAUGUUCGUCUUGGAUAUAAUAUUCAAAAUGAAAAUGAUAUAGUAGAUACAAUCAGAGAUAUAAAAGGAACAUCUGUUGCAAAUAUUAACCCUA